GCGGCGCUCGGGCUCAUGGAGAAGGCGCCGCAGCCCUUGGCCGACGACGACCCGCCCCAGGCGCUCCCGGGCGGCUCGGCCGUGGCCGACCCCGUGGACGACCUGUCGGCGCCGCCCGCCGCGGCUGCGGCCGGCUGGGCGCGGCCAGCCCAGGAGUCGUUCGCGGGCCGCGCGGCCGAGGCGGCGGUGGCCAGGGGCGCCGCCGACGGCUGGGGCGGCGGCGCUGUGCCGCCGCCGGAGUGGGCGGAGAGCCUGGCCACGGCCGCCCAGCGUCGGUCUGACGUGGCGGACAGCCCCGUCACGGUGAGCACCCUGGGCCAGGCGGAGAGGGAGCUGGAGCAGAUGACCGAGGCGUCGAUCGACCUCUCGGCCUGCGCCGAGGUCAUCGGCGGCGGCCGCAACACCCGCAGCACGCCAGGAGGUCUGUCGACCCUGGAGGCGAUGGAGGAGACCUCCGCGGAGGGCGACGCCUCGUUGGGCCCCCAGGGAAUCAUGCGUUACUCCGAGUCCGAGGAAUUUAUGCUCGAGACGUUGGGUAGAACAGUUUCGAAGGAACAGUCGUUGGCCUUCGAGACGCUGCUCGAGGACACGCAGCGCUAUGAUGAGGAUCCAAACAAGGAGCCGCUCGUGGCGGCUUCGCCCACCGCGGCCGCCCGUGGCGACGACGGCCGCGCUCCCAGCGGCGGCGGCCGUGGCGAGGACGCGGCGGAGGCGCAGCCACGGGGCAGCGGCGGGAGCAAGGGCAGCGCCGCGGCGGCCGCGCCCGAGGACGAGUGGGCGCGCAUGCAGGGCCAGAGCGGCUUGCUGAGGCAGGCCGUGAGCCUCAUCCAGCCGAGCGCGUGGGGCGCGGACUCGGGCGGCGAGUGCGCCACCGUCCCCGAUGCCGCCCAGCUCGCCAUGGAGUGGCCGCAGCUGGAGGAGGAGCUGGCCGCGGCGACCGAGGCCGAAGACAAGAGGGCCGCCGCGGAGGCCGAGCUGAAACUGCAGGCGCGCGUGCGCACCGUGGACUCCCACCUGGCGGAGUUGCAGCGGAAGCUGGAGGAGCAGGCGCAGGCGGCCGAGCAGAAGCUCAAUCCUCAGGAGGCCCAGCGCUACCGCACCAUGAGCUGGGAGGUCGUGCAGAUGGCCGAGGCCGCGAGAGACAAGCGGGUCAAGAACAAGGAGGCGUUGCUGGGCCUGCGACCGCAGAAGGCGGCCCGCCGCCGGAAGGCGCUGCGGGAGGCCCUGGACAUGGAGGAUUUCGGGGGCGACGGCGGCGACGACGUGCCGCAGAUGCCGACGCUCGGCCGCGCGACGUUGUCGGGCCUCUCCCUCGCGGACGCGAUCGGCGAGGCCGCCGAGCUCACCAGCGGCAUCUUCCGCACGCUGCAGGUGGCGGCCAGGAGCCGCAAGCGUCGGAGGCGGCACGACAGAGACGGCAAGGCCCCAGCACAGGGCUGGGCCUCGAACAGCCCCAGCGCCGUCGGCCAGCCGCCCAGGCUCCAGGACCCCUCUCAGAGGGAGCUCCAGGGCAAGUGCCAGGCGGCGUUGGACUCCUUCGAGAAGACUCUGGGUGCCCUCAUGUGGAGGCUCGAGCAGGAGCACGACACCACCACGGGUGCCAGCAGGGAGCUUGAGCUCCUGGCCCGCGGGGAGGAGGGCCUCAGCCGAGAGCAGAAGAGGGAGAAGGCCAUGUUCGAGGGCCAGCAGGACUACGACUGGGAGCGCAGCCACGACAUCCACGUCCGGGAACGCGCGGAACGCCAGGAGCGCGCCUUCGCGUCGGCGCUCGCCCUCGCCGAAGAGCAGCUGCGAGGCGAGUGGCGAAGCUCGCACGAGCGCGAGCGUGCGCAGUCGCUCGUGCAGAUGGGGCGGCUGCGGGAGCACCUGCAGAGGGCCGAGGCCGAGAUCGACGACAUAGAGCAACAGCAUCGCAAGCAGCUGGAGGAGGAGGAGAACAAGCUCGAGUUGGAUCGCCGCAGGAUCCACGAUCAGAUGCAGGUGCUGGUCGCGGCGGCCGCCGUCAUCCGGCAGCUGAAGAGCAAGAUGGACGAGGUGUACUACUCCGACAAGAAGGAGAGGCAGGAGGUCAGCAUCCGGUGCCUCCGGAAGGUGCGCCGGCUGAACCGGGACCUGAAGCUCUUCGCGGCGUCCAUCGUCCAGGAGGUGAAGCAGCAGCACUCGGUCCUCCUCUACUCGCUGCGCAUGCUCGAGGCGCGCCUGGUGAAGGAGUGCCCGAACUCCGACCACGUCCGCGCCGAGGAUGGCGACCUGGAGACGGCGGAGGUCAAGAAGCAGCGGGACGAGGCCAACCAGGCUUUCGAGGACCAGCUGGCCAGGGACCUCCAGAACCUCCGCCAGUCGCACCGACAGCGGUCCCAGCGACUGGUGCGGAAUGUGGCCGCGCGCUACCGCGCGGAGGUGGAGCGGGAGGAGCAGGCCCGGGCUGGGCCGCGGGCGGGAGAGCGCUGCCUGCGACUGCGACUGCUGCUGCGGGAGAUCGGGUGGAAGACCCUCGGGGUCCUAUAG